UAACCCAACCCCUUAUUAAACCUUCAUUUUUCAUCGAUACACACAAAACAAUUUUGAAUUCUACUUCUUUGAUCGUUUCGUGUGUGUACGAACGAAGAUGGAAAGAUCGAAUUGGAGAUGCCCAUCUCGUUUCAUUCUCCUCUUCUUCUUUAUCUCUUCUCAGUUUUGGGGAUUCUCACUCCCCAUUUCUGUAGUUCAACAGAACCUCGAGCUGAUUAGAUAUAUAUUUGGGAUUUUACUUAGAAUUCUCGAAAAAUCAUUACUUUGGUUCAAAUUUGUAAAGCUUGGUGAGGAUGGAAGUAUAGAAGACGGUUCUCAUGAGGUUCAUUGUUCAAGGGAACGUAGCAGAGUUGCUUGGAACAUCAUUCAAGAGUAUCUCAUGCCGUAUGUGGAAAAGGAGCGGUAUCAGUUGCCGAGUGGUUGUAGAGUUCAUCGAGACAAUGACAUUUAUAGAGAACAAGAAGAGCACAAAGUGCAUUCAGAUAUAAACGAGUGGCGUUGUGGAUUCUGCAAAAAGUCUUUUUAUGAAGAGAAGUACCUCGACAAGCAUUUCGAUUCACGCCAUUACAAUUUGCUUAAUGUGAGUCAUGGUAAAUGUCUGGCGGAUCUUUGUGGAGCAUUGCAUUGUGAUCUUGUUGUAGGCACGCCUCGGCUUAAGUCUAAGUGUAAUCCUGCAGCUGCUGCAAGAAACCAGCAUUUAUGUGAGAGUUUGGCUAAUAGUUGUUUUCCGGUAAAUAAGGGUCCAUCUGCCAACCGUCUUCACGACUUCUUCUUGCGCCAGUUCUGUGAUGCACAUACAUGUUCAGGAGGUUCAAGGCCUUUGUCUAAAAAACCAAAGAAGAGGAAUAUGAAAUACUUUAUUUUCUCCAUCAUCACUUUGAUAUUGCUUCUUCUCUACUACAGUUUUGUCUAUUUGUUCCGAAGAGGAUUAAAGGGUGGAUCUCAAGAACUGAAGCGUAUUAGACACAUUGGUCUGAAGAAGAAACCCUCUUAAAAAUUAAGUGAAUUUGGCUUAAUAUGUAUAUUCUUCAACAUUUGGUACAAGACCAAACCUUUUUUGAUCAAACAAAGAUUAAUCCU